AUGCUUGGUGGCAAGUCUCUCCGCUGCCGAUUCUGCAAUUUUGCAGUCCGUACCACCCGAGGCCUUGCAUCACACAUUGCACAGCGCCCAGCAUGCAAACAAAAGCUGCAGGAGACCAUCAGCAGACAAGCAGCCACCACGGAAGACGACGAAUACUUCACAGCGGACUCAAGUGGAUCUAUCUCACCGGCAGCAACUGCGAAUCCCAUCGCCGAAGAUAACCCAGACGACCCAAUGCUUGGGAACGAGGCACCUCCUCCCAGAGACGGCGCACACUCGGCAGCGGCUGUCGAAGACGCAAAUAACGACCAUUACUUUGAGGACUACGAGGGCCCAGCCGGCUCAAUUGUGGAGGACUGUAAUGUGGCCAAAUCUGCAUUCGACACGCUCCGGCAGCAACAAGUGCAAGAGGGAAAGAUGGCAUGGGCACCAUUCGAGAGUCGAGCGGAUUGGGAACUCGCACAGUGGCUGGUGACAAGUGGGGUCAGUCAAAAGAGCCUGGACACAUUUUUGAAGCUCGAGAAGAUCAGCAAUGAGGGGAAGACAUCAUAUAACAACGCACGUACACUCUAUCAGAAGAUUGAUUCAUUGCCGACUGGUCCUGAAUGGAUCUGCGAGAUGCUCGAGAUUGUAGGGGACCUGAACGAUGUCAGAGGCGAGCGAAUGAAGGAGAGCGUUGAGUUCUGGCGGCGCGAUCCGUUGGAAUGUAUCCGUGAGCUGUUCGGGAAUCCAGCAUUCGAGGCGGAAAUGCAUUACAUUCCCCAGAGAGUUUAUCAGGACAGUGAGGGCAAAGAGCGUGAGGGACUUCUGCCCGACGGCGCUACCAUUGCCCCGGUGAUCCUUGCAUCGGACAAGACCCAGCUGUCUCGAUUUAGCGGUGAUAAGCAAGCAUGGCCGGUGUACCUCACCAUCGGCAAUCUCCCCAAAACGUUACGGCGGAAAGUCUCAGCACAUGCGACCGUUCUCAUCGGAUAUAUCCCCGUGAGCAAGAUGCACUGCUUUUCAAAAGACAUGCGGUCGCAGGCUGGCCACCAGUUCUUUCACCAGUGCAUGCGCACCUUGCUGGCACCGUUAGUCGAAGCCGGAACGGAUGGGGUUAAGAUGAGGGCUGCGGAUGGAGCUAUGCGCCUCGUCUUCCCGAUACUAGCGGCGUAUGUUGCCGAUCAUCCCGAGCAGUGCUUGGUCUCAUGCUGCAAGGAGAAUCGGUGCCCCCAGUGUCUUGUUGAGGCAGACAAGCGUGGAGAUCCUGUGGCGACAGUCCUACGAGACGUCACGGAAACCAUCAAGCUCAUGCAGAGGCAAGCCGAUGGACGCGCACCAAAGCAGUUCGAAACCCAGGGACUUCGCCUCGUUGACCCCUUUUGGAAGGACUUACCACAUUGCGACAUCUUCCAAUGCUUCACGCCCGACCUUCUCCAUCAGCUGCACAAAGGUGUCUUCAAAGAUCACAUUGUUGCAUGGGCGACCUCCUCGCUUGACGAAUCAAUGACUCAGAAAGAGAAGGAGCUUGAGAUCGAUAUCCGCUUCCGUGUGAUGCCCAGUCAUCCGAGCCUGCGUCACUUUAAAACCGGGAUCUCGCUUGUUUCGCAGUGGACUGGGAAUGAGUACAAGCAGAUGGAGAAGGUCUUUCUGGGUGCUCUGAAUGGCACGGUAGAGCCUCAAGUAAUUCACGUGGUCCGCAGUGUCCUGGACUUCAUCUACUAUGCGCAUUUCGAGAGCCACACAACAUCGUCCCUGGCCAAGCUCGAGUCCUCCUGGCGUCGCUUCCAUGACAACAAGAUCGUCUUCGUGCGUAAUGGGACUCGUGCACAUUUCAAUAUACCGAAGAUUCACUCGAUGAAGCACUACGUCGAUCAGAUCUUGUCAAAAGGCACUGCCGAUGGAUUCAAUACUGAAUUAUCUGAGCGUCUUCACAUUGAUUAUGCAAAGAUGGGAUAUAACGCAUCCAAUAAGAAUGCAUACAUUCGACAGAUGACACGUUGGCUCACCCGAAGAGAAGCCAUUCAACACUUCAGUGCCUAUCUUCGAUGGGCUGUUCCAGAUCACGCUGCUGAUAAUGAUUUCAGCGCCGCAAAUUCGGAUGACGAUGACGACCUUACCGGGCCUGAGAACAACAACAAGGACAGCGGCAAUGCUGGGGUUUCACAUGUAUCAGGAGCCCGACAGCCACUGCCAGCAUACACCAUCGCAAAGCGUGCCCCAGUGACCAAUGUUUCCGUUGUCACCCUGGAGACAGUGUAUCGUGCACGGGACUUCCUCUGGUAUCUCCAGGAAUUCCUAUUAAAGCACGACCUCCUCCCCCUCGACAACUUCACGGACAUCUCUGCAACUUUCUCUGUCUACAAACGAGUCGUGAUCAAUAUCCCUCCUGUCCCGCAAGUCUCAUCCAAUUUCACCAAAGAUCCUAUUCGCGCCGCUCCGGCCCAUGUCGCUGAUGCGCACAAGAGCGCCGAAUCCGCCCAACAGCGCCAGGAGGGCUCGUCAGAUCUUGCUGCCCUGCAUCCCGCACGAGUCCGCGUUAUUUUUGCUCUUCCAAUCGAAUACGCGCUGUAUUCCACACCUCUAGCAUAUGUUGAGUGGUUCACACCGCUUACGCGCAUGGAUAAGGAACUCGGGAUGUACAAGGUUUCACCGUCCACACGAGCCAAUACAAAACUUUGA